CUGAUCAAUCUGAAGAACUGGAACAAGCCAAAGUGUUAGAGGAGUUAGAGGAACCAGUGGAGGAGGAGGAGGAGGAGGAAGGUGGGGAAAUGGGGAGUGGAGCAAGUGCGGAAGACAAGGAACUUGCCAAAAGGUCCAAGGAGCUGGAAAAGAAGCUACAAGAAGAUGCGGACAAAGAGGCAAAGACAGUGAAGCUGCUACUGCUAGGUGCUGGAGAGUCGGGCAAGAGCACAAUCGUCAAACAGAUGAAGAUUAUCCAUCAAGAUGGUUACACGGAAGAAGAAUGUUUGGAGUUCAAAGCAGUCAUCUAUGGCAACAUUCUACAGUCCAUCCUGGCCAUCAUCAGAGCGAUGCCCACUUUGGGGAUAGACUAUGCAGAGUCCAGCCGAGCGGAUGAUGGGCGACAGCUUUUUAACUUGGCUGACUCCAUUGAAGAGGGAACCAUGCCUCCAGAGCUAGUGGAUUGUAUAAAGAAACUCUGGAAGGAUGGAGGCGUCCAGGCUUGCUUUGAGCGAGCAGCUGAGUACCAGCUCAAUGACUCUGCUGCAUAUUACCUGAACCAACUGGAUAGGAUCACAGCUCCUGGCUACCUUCCCAAUGAACAGGAUGUAUUGCGAUCUCGAGUUAAGACCACAGGUAUCAUAGAGACCAAAUUCUCUGUCAAAGACCUCAAUUUCAGGAUGUUUGAUGUAGGUGGGCAGAGGUCCGAGCGCAAAAAGUGGAUCCACUGCUUCGAAGGGGUGACUUGCAUCAUCUUUUGUGGAGCUCUCAGUGCAUAUGACAUGGUCUUGGUUGAAGAUGAUGAAGUGAACCGCAUGCAUGAAUCUUUGCAUCUGUUCAACAGUAUCUGCAAUCAUAAAUUUUUUGCUGCCACCUCCAUUAUUUUAUUCUUGAACAAGAAGGACCUCUUUGAGGAAAAAAUAAAGAAAGUACAUCUCAGCAUUUGUUUCCCAGAUUAUGAUGGUCCCAAUACUUUUGAAGAUGCAGGCAACUACAUCAAGAACCAGUUUCUUGAUCUGAACAUGAGAAAAGAUGUGAAAGAAAUCUACAGUCAUAUGACUUGUGCCACAGACACCCAGAACGUCAAAUUCGUAUUUGAUGCAGUGACAGAUGUCAUCAUCAAGGAGAACCUCAAGGACUGUGGUCUUUUCUAAGACUUCACUUUUUAAAAAGGGAAAAGGACUUCCAGGUAGCUUCACUAUUCUGCUGAGCAGAGUCAGUGGAGUAAAGAAAAGUUACUCAAGAGUCCACACUUUUCUUUGUCUUUAUGAUACAAACUGUAUACCUUCAAAGGCAUACCGUCAGAAAGGAAUGAAGAAAGAAAAGCUAAAAGCAUCCGAGUGAUUUUCUUUCCUAAUCUGCCUGCCUUCUGACAUACUGUGAAAGCCCUGAAACUACAACAUGAACAAAAGCCAUCACAAUCAUCAUGAAACAAUGAAUCAUGUGACUAACACUGGACUUUCACAUAACUAAGAUCUUAAAAGUAUCACUCUUCUGUUGGAAAAACAGCGUGGUUUGGGAUUUCUGCUAAAGCUGUUCCUUCAUCUAUAAAUGAUCUGAAAUGGGAUUGUGCUGACCUUGAAAAUUAUAAUGGCCAGAAUCCUGUUGGUUUCAUGUUGCUUAAGCAGACAAGUAUGAGCAUUGCACUCUUACCUUCCUCUGACCAGAGAAGCAGUGGCACAAUCGAUUGUGCGCUUGACCAUGCAAUGAACAAGUAGUGAGGGAAAAACUGAGGUGUGAUUGUCCUUAUAUGCAUGCUUUUUCCCAAUAGGAUUUUGGCCAACAGGUUAAAUAUUCAGAUCUUAAAAUUAAUAUAUAUGUCAUCAAACAACCCAUUUGUUAAUAACCCCAGAAAUUUUUGUUGCAUUUAUCAAACUUCCAGGUAAAUACAUUAUUUUUAUUCACAGUUUUUUGAAGCUGGUAAAAUUUGUCCCCACAGCCUUAAUUAGUCAACUUAUUUUAUUUUUAUUAUCCACUCUAUCCACAGUAAAUGCCCUGGUGAACCCAGACUGGUUCUCUCUCUCCUCACACAAAUGAACCCUACCCAUGACAAAAGUACUAAUCCCAGCCCAAUGAAUUACCUCUUGCUGUGGAGACUAUUGCUCUAGCUGCAUCACUGGCUCUUGUUAAAAGAUCAGUGACAUACAAAAGAAAGCCAUGGACAUCAUAGGGUUAGAAAGCCUCCUCCCACACACAGGAAAUAGAGAGAAAAAAAAUAUGGAAAUGGUUAUGUCAGGGUUCUCACUUUCGUAUUU